AUGCCCCGCCGUCUCGGGCCAGGCGGCUGCCGACAAAGCGGCUCGCCCGACACGGCGCUAGUCCCCGCUUCGCCUCUCCGGGCAUCAGGGCGCUACCGCCGCGACGUGGGGAGCCGGUUCUCGGCGCACGCGCCCUCCCGCCGGGCGUCCUGCCCUCCGGGGGCCCCGGUCCCCAAGUUGGUCGCGGCGGCGGCAUCCUCAGGCCAGGCCGCGGGGGGAGGGGGCGGCCUGGAGGCAGCUCCUGUGACCUUUGAUGACAUCACUGUAUACUUGCUUCAGGGGGAAUGGAUGCUGCUGAGUCAGCAACAGAAGGAGAUCUGUGGUUCCGACAAGCUGGUGGCACCACUAGGGAAAAACCAGAUGGGCUGCGUGGAAGAAGGGGACGGGCAGAGUCUGGCCGCAGAAGCUGGACCGUACCUGCCGCCUCAGAAGAAAGCCUGUCUUUCCCACUUCAGCACGGAGCAUGGCAACACUGAGGGAGACUGUACAGGAAAGAGCAAAAAACCCUUGAAACCCCGGUCUAUCCAGAAGUCUUGGUUUGUGCAGUUCCCGUGGUUGGUCAUGAACGAGGAGCAGACGGCUCUCUUCUGCUCUGCCUGCCGAGAAUACCCGUCUGUCAGGGACAAACGGUCAAGAUUAAUCGAAGGUUACACAGGACCAUUCAAGGUAGAGACGCUCAAAUACCACGCCAAGAGCAAAGCUCACCUGUUCUGCGUCAAUGCGUUGGCAGCACGGGACCCCAUCUGGGCAGCCCGUCUCCAGAGCAUCCGAGAUGAAUCCGGAGAUGUUCUGGCCAGCCCGGAGCACCUCUUCACGGCAGAUUAUCCCAUAUUGUACCCCCCAGGGCCUCUGGGAGCCUAUGAGAACAUGGCCCAGCUCCUGCCCGGCUCCAGAGCUGAACUGGAGGACCCGAGAGAGGAUGGAACAAUUCCUGCAUUGUAUCUCGACUGCAUUUCUGAAUUGAGGCAAAAAGAAAUUGCUGAUGGUAUCUACAGCGCCUCAAAUGUUAACAUUUUGUGUAAUGACGCUGCCGAACCCUGCGGCCAGGAUCCUUCUGAAGAGGGGCUGUUUGAGGAGGUUCCUGUGGUGUUUGAGGAGCUCCCGGUGGUGUUUGAGGAUGUGGCGGUGUAUUUCACCCGGGAGGAGUGGGGCAUGCUAGUCAAGCGGCAGAAGGAGCUGUACAGAGACGUGAUGCGGAUGAAUUAUGAGCUGUUGGCUUCCCUGGGGCCUGCGGCUGCCAAACCAGACUUGAUCUUGAAGCUGGAACGUCGGGCUGCGCCCUGGAUCAAGGACCCCAACGGGCCCAAGUGGGGGAAAGGUCGUCCUCCAGGGAAGAAGAAAAUGGUGGCCGGAAGAGAGGCAGAUGCACAGGCCUUGGCUGUAGAAUCCACAGUGCUUCCGGCCCCUUCAGUGGAGACCCGUAGUUCCCACGGUAAUCCCAGCCUUUGUGAAGUUGAAGUAGAUGGACCCAGGAAAAUCAAGAGGACUUACAGACCCCGUUCAAUCCAGAGGUCAUGGUUUGGGCAGUUCCCGUGGUUAGUAAUCGACCCCAAAGAGACCAAGCUCUUCUGUUCAGCUUGCAAAGAAAGACCUAGUCUCCACGACAAAUCAUCCCGGUUAGUCCGCGGCUACACGGGGCCUUUUAAAGUGGAGACUUUGAAAUACCACGAGGUCAGCAAAGCACACAAGCUCUGUGUCAACACCGUGGAAGUCAAGGAAGACACCCCUCAGGCUGCCCCGGUCCCAGAGAUCUCCAGUGACCUGAUGGCGAACAUGGAGCACUUUUUCAACGCCGCCUACUCCAUCGCGUAUCACUCGAGGCCCCUGAAUGACUUUGAGAAGAUCCUGCAACUCCUCCAAAGCACCGGGACCAUGAUCUUGGGCAAGUACCGCAAUCGCACCGCGUGCACGCAGUUCAUCAAAUACAUCUCUGAGACUCUCAAGAAGGAGAUCCUCGAGGAUGUCCGGAGCUCCCCUUGUGUGAGCGUGUUGUUGGACAGCUCCACGGACGCCUCCGACCAGUCCUGCGUGGGGAUUUAUAUCCGCUACUUUAAGGGCAUGGAGGUGAAAGAGUCGUACAUUACUUUGGCCCCUCUCUACAGUGAGACGGUGGACGGAUACUUUGAGACCAUCAUCUCUGCCCUGGAUGAACUGGACAUCCCCUUCCGGAAGCCCGGUUGGGUGGUCGGCCUGGGAACCGAUGGCUCGACCAUGCUGAGCUGCAGAGGAGGCCUCGUGGAAAAGUUCCAGGAGGUCAUCCCCCAGCUGCUGCCUGUCCACUGCGUCGCCCACCGGCUGCACCUGGCCGUGGUCGACGCUUGUGGGGGCAUCGAUCUGGUGAAGAAGUGUGACCGGCACAUUCGGACCGUCUUCAAGUUUUAUCAGUCCUCGAAUAAAAGGCUGAACGAGCUGCAGGAAGGCGCGGCUCCCCUAGAGCAGGAAAUCAUCCGCCUGAAGGACCUGAACGCCGUCAGGUGGGUGGCCAGCAAGAGGCGCACGUUGAACGCGCUCAUCGUGAGCUGGCCGGCCCUGGCGAGGCACCUCCAGGGCGUGGCAGAAGCCGGGGGCCAGAUCGGGCACAGGGCCAGAGGCAUGCUGAAGCUGAUGAAAAGCUUCCAUUUCGUCAAGUUCUGCCACUUCCUUUUGGACUUCCUGAGCAUCUACAGGCCUCUGUCCGAGGUGUGCCAGAAGGAGAUCGUGCUGAUUACGGAGGUGAACUCCACACUGGGACGGGCCUACGUGGCCCUGGAGACCCUCCGUCACCAGGCAGGGCCCAAAGAGGAAGAGUUCAACGCUGGCUUCCGGGAUGGGCGGCUCCAUGGCAUCUUCUUGGACAGAAUGCAGAUGGCAGAGCAGCGGUUCCAGGCGGACAGGGAGAGAAUGAUCCUGACCGGGAUCGAGUACCUCCAGCAAAGGUUUGACACAGACCGGCCCCCGCAGCUCAAGAACAUGGAGGUGUUUGACACCAUGGCCUGGCCAAGUGGGAUUGAACUUGCCACUUUUGGGAACGAUGACAUUCUUGCCCUUGCCAGAUACUUUGAGCUCUCCCUCCCCGCAGGGUACAGCGAGGAAGCACUCCUGGAGGAGUGGCUGGGCCUGAAAGCCAUCGCCAAGAACCUCCCGUUCUCCAUGCUGUGUAAGAACGCCCUGGCCCAGCACUACCGGUUCCCCUUGCUGAGCAGGCUGGUGGCUGUGGUGGCCUGCGUGCCCGUCUCCACCUCCUGCUGUGAGCGGGGCUUCAGUGCCAUGAACCGGAUCAGGACCGACGAGAGGACCAAGCUCUCCAACGAGGUGAUCAACAUGCUCAUGAUGACGGCAGUGAACGGUGUGGCAGUCACGGAGUACGACCCCCAGCCCGCCAUCCAGCACUGGUACCUGACCUCCUCAGGCCGGCGUUUCAGCCACGUCUACACUUGUGCCCAAGCGCCACCUCGCUCCCAUGUGGGACCAGGGCUCAGGAAGGAGAAGAUGGGGGCACUCUGUGUGGAGGAGGCUGUGACCCAGAAACCGCCCGUUCCACCCUACAAGGAGCCGGUGGAGAUCCUGAAGGACUGCAUCGUGGACCCUCCUGACAGACUCCUGUACCCUCCUACCAGCCAAGAGGCCCCCAAGCUGUCUUGA